GUGCGGCCGUAGUAACAGUUCGUGUAGGUUAUUUGGUUUUAUUUAUACUUCAAUUGUGUGGUUUUUAUUCGAUUUGAUGGCUUGGUUGUUCCAUAUUAAUAUGGGUACAAUGCACAGUGUACUGUGUUGUGAAUUGCUUGUGUAAGAUAUGUCUAUUUUAUGAUACCUAUACAAUGGAGCCUCUGUUUACUAUUAGCAUCUAGCAGGGAGUUAAAACCUUUCUUCAGAGAUUGCUUCAGACAGUUUGUUAGUUCUCUUCGGAUAUUUUCUCUAUUAUAUUCGAGUUGGGACGUGAAAAAUAUUAUUAGAGGACUCAAAUGACUGUCAUGCAAUCAAUACCCACCACUGCAAGCCCCCAGCAACUUCAAGUCAUUCAGGGUACAAAUGGUCAGCAAAUCGUGGUCCACCCAAUUGGUCAAAAUGGUCAAACCAUCCAGCUAGCAUCACCAGGACAAUUACAAGUAGUACCAAUACAAACUAUUCCUAAUAAUCGGCAACAGUUGGUAAUACAACAACCGCAGACUGCACAAAUACUUCAAACUGCUGAUGGGCAAACCUUUAUAUACCACCCACCAGUUCAAAUAGAUAGUGGCAAUCCUGUACAACAAGCACAACCUACCUUAAUUAAUAUUAAUGGAAAUAUUGUUCAACUUGCACCUGUGGGAGCUGCACCAGCAACAGUUCAAGCAGCGACAGUACAGCCUACUACUACAGGGACUGUUUCACAACCACAACAGAAUAUUGUCAUACUCGGAAGUGAAAAUAAACAAAAUACAGCCACAACUACAUCACAAUUUACCAGAGUGCCUGCACAAACACCGGCUACAGAAUAUCUUGAGGAAGAACCAUUGUACGUAAAUGCAAAACAGUAUAAGAGGAUAUUAAAGAGGAGACAGGCAAGGGCGAAACUGGAAGCUGAGGGUAGGAUACCGAAAGUUAGGCAAAAAUAUCUCCAUGAAUCGAGGCAUAAACAUGCAAUGAACAGGAUUCGAGGGGAAGGUGGUCGUUUCAACCCUGGUUCAGUGAAGAAGCUUAAAGAAAAGGAUGGUGAUGGAACACACUUGCAACAGAAUCACUUAUUAAGGACAAGGCUUCAAGGUAUCACUGUGUCCAGUGCGAGUCACAUCUCUGCUGCAGACCUCGAAACAUCUCUCAUUAUCGAUGGAACUACCACAUCAGUGAUACCAGAUCUCAUAGAUCCACUAACGACAGUGACCAGUGAUUAAUGUAAAUAUUAUUAAUAAGUAUGCACAUUUUAAUUUUUAUCAUCACUACGAGUAUAUAUAUAUAUAUAUACAUAUAUAUAUAAACAUAUGUAUAUUUUAUCGUUUUAGACUUUAUACUUCACCGGUUGAAGUUAUUUAGGCAAUUAAUUAUUUAUAAACACAAAAAAAU